AAGAAUGGAGAGGAUAAUAACUAACUAACUAACUAGUUAUUAUGACUUACUGUUGACUGACACAGCCCCCCGACACAGCGUCUGUAUCUGUCUGUGGCUUAGAAAACCUUGAAACCCCUUCGUUGAAGAUAUAUUUUUUCCAUAUUCAGGACCUUUCGCCUCUUUUCUCUGCUUUUCUUCUCCAUUUCUACACAGUCGUCCAUACCUUGACCCUUUGGUUAGCCCUGCCGAGUAUCCGCUUCAACAAUAACCCCCCACGCAAUAGCAACCGUCACAGCCAUGCCUUUGCGCGACAUCAUUCACAAGAAGGACAGGCUGAAUCCCACGAUUCCAGAUGCUCAAGGAAACCGUGUCCCUGAGAUUACAUUCAUCCGCUCUGAUACCACAACCCAUGAGGUUGUUAUUCCUCCAACCCAUCCAGACGAUGAAUACCACCUUGACCCGCCACGACCUUCCUCCUCUUCGUCUCAUCGAAGGUCCCUGAACCCGUUUAGUCGCUCGCGAUCUCCAUCGGAGCCGCAAGGGCCCGCUUCCCCAACUCGUCUGCGCGGAGAGAGACGGCUGUCGCACCUGCUGCAUCUUGACCGACGAGGUUCCAGCGCUUCCUCCGUGAACAUUCCGUUGGAUCUUCCACAAAUUACCUCCGAUAAAAGCGAUGAGCAGGAGCGGGAAGCACAAUGGGAGAAGCGGGCAACUGUGCUAGUACAGCGUAACCCACAGUUCGGUUCAGCGGGCUUCUCGUCGAGCUCGUCGAUAGCUCCUGCAUCAGAGGUCCCACGACCACGGUCAAGAAGUUCCAGUCAUAGUCGGAUAAACGAUCCGCAGGGGGAUGUUAAUAUUCAAGAGGCGAUCCGACUUCAUGAAGCUGGAGAGUUGGAAAAAUCGACAAGCAUGUUUGCCCUGUUAGCGGAUCCCCAUGGUGCCAAUAAUGCCUUGAGUCAAGUGCUUUACGGACUCGCACUUCGGCACGGAUGGGGAUGCACACAAGACCCCGAGCGAGCAGUACAAUAUCUCUCAGCUGCGGCGUCGAACUCGGCAUCAAUUGAGGCCGAGGCUCUCCAGGCAGGGCUCAAAAAAGGAGGUGCUGCCAAAGGCGAGCUUGUUCUAGCGAUCUUCGAACUGGGAAAUUGCUUUCGCAAUGGUUGGGGUGUCGAGAAAGACCCGGUAGCGGCGCGGCAGUAUUUUGAGACGGCUGCCAAUUUGGGUGACACAGAUGCCAUGAACGAGGCCGCCUGGUGCUACCUCGAAGGCUUUGGAGGCAAAAAGGAUAAAUUUACGGCUGCUAAAUACUAUCGGUUAGCGGAAGAGAAGGGAAACAAAACCUUGGGAAAUUCCUGGAUAUGGAAAGACAAAUAUAACCCCAAAUAAAUCGCCCAUUCCCUGGUGAUUCUGCAUGAUGCCCAGUGCACACCCCGAGUCUUGAUUCGUUUCGACUUUCAAGCCUCUUAUCACAGCCCUAUUGCAUCCUUCCCCGCAGCACAUCCUGGCCUCUCAUGCCUUGUCCGCAUGGACU